AUGUCUGCAGCAUUCGGUGGAAGAAGAGAUUCAAGUCCUUAUGGAGUUGAACUUGUUGAACAUGAUGGUUUCUUUUAUGAGCCCUCAGUCAUCGAAGGAAUUAUGAAAAUGUACUCACAGUUCAAAGCACGGGAGGACGAUGUGUUUGUAUGCUCUGGAACGAAGACAGGAACCACCUGGUUGAAAGCUAUCGUUGCAAGCAUUAUGAGCGAAAGCAAGGGCAAUGCUUUGAAGGGAAAGAAUGCCCAUGAAUUGAUUCCUCAGUUAGAAAGCAUCUACAAUCCAAGAGCAAUGCAUAAUGCCUCUACUGUAACUGCAGAAAUGCCCUCUCCAAGAUUGCUCGGCACCCAUCUGCCUUACUCUGCUCUUCCACCUCAAAUAACUUCUUUGGGCUGCCCAAUCAUUUACAUAGCUCGAAAUCCCAAGGACACUUUCGUUUCCCACUGGAAGUUCUUGCCUGCACUGCAAAUUCUCUUCACUGGUGAAACGACAGCUGCAGUUUCCAAGGAGGUAUUCUUUGAUUCAUUCUGUAAUGGUGACACUCUCUGGGGUCCUUUUGUUGAUCAUGUCUUAGGGUUUUGGAAUGCCAAUAGGAAUCAUAGUAACAUCUUGUUCUUGACUUACGAAGAUAUGAAGGCAGAUUCUUUGUCCCACAUCAGAAAGAUUGCGGAUUUCCUGGGGAAAACCUCUCUGACAGAGGAAGACAUUCGUUACAUAGACAACCAAUGUAGUUUUCAAUCCCAAUCCACUCUAGAUGUUAACAGAAAUGGCAAAAUUAAUAUGAAGAAUAGCAGUUUUAGCAAUCGAUCUUUUUUUCGCAAAGGUGAAGUGGGUGACUGGAAGAAUCAUUUCACCCCAGAAAUGGACAGUCGUAUGGAUAUGGCAAUGGAGAAUAAGUUCCAAGAGGCAGGCAUGUUUCUUAAGUAUGAACUCUGA